AUGCCUACCUUUGCGCGCCCGCCCCCGCACACCCAGUAUGCAGUGCUGUCGUUCCCAGCUCCGCAUGUCCUCUUGGUGACUCUCAAUCGGCCUCGUGAUCUCAACUGCAUCAAUUCUCAGGGUCACGCAGAAUUACAUGAGGUUUGGGAAUGGAUGGAUGAGGAGCCGAGUCUGCGUGUCGGUAUUUUGACUGGGACGGGUCGAGCGUUCUGCGCAGGUGCGGAUUUAAAAGAAUGGAACAAUAGCGCCCAGGCAUCCUCGUCCAAGUCACCUAUGCCUGUCUCCGGCUUUGGAGGCUUAUCCCGACGCAAAGGCCGCAAGCCGAUCCUCUGUGCUGUCAACGGUCUGUGCUUUGGCGGCGGCACCGAGAUGAUCAUCAACGCGGAUCUGGUCAUCGCCUCUUCGGCCGCCCGCUUGGGUCUCCCCGAGGUGAAGCGCGGCGUCGUGGCGCUCGCAGGCGCUCUGCCCCGGCUGGUUCGCACCGUGGGCAAACCACGCGCCAUGGAGAUGGCCUUGACGGGCCGAGCGUAUACGGCGGAGCAGGCGGAGCGAUGGGGGAUGAUCAAUGAAGUGGUCCCUGUGGAUGAUUGCAUCCCGAGUGGCGGCAAAGCGGACGACGAUGCGGUCUCCAAGAAGGUGGUCGGUCGGGCGGUGCAGGUGGCCAGCGAGAUUGCCGCGAAUAGCCCCGAUGCAGUUCUUGUGACGCGCGAGGGUGUCAAGUUGGGCUGGGAAGGUAUUGGCGCUGAGGAGGCCACGGGGAUGCUGAAUGAGACGUGGGUGCGUCGAUUGUAUGAAGGGGAGAAUAUCAAAGAGGGACUACAGGCUUUCGUGGAGAAGAGAGCGCCUCAGUGGAAGGAUAGUAAGCUGUAG